UGAAUUCUGAAGUAGUUGUUCUACAGGACAAAUUCGUGCCCAGCCGUCACUCAAGCAGGCGUGUGUUGGGAAGCUGAGCAGAUUAGAAAGAAAGCUACAGGGAUAGCGACUCUUCGGAACCUUCAAGCUGAGCACCACGGAACGUGAUGGGAAAAAUGCAACCAACGAAAAGAUCCACAAUAGCCAGCCUAACAUUGGCAAUGAUCUGUUUGGCUGGGAUCAGUCCCUCGCAUGGUGACGAAUGUGUCAGUAUGAAACGUGACAGGCAUCGAACGAUUAUGGAAGAGUAUCGCCACUCGCCAAACUGGGACGGCUACCUAACAGAGGACACGUUGAACCUGCAGAACAACGAAACGGAAGUGGACCUCUCCAGGCAAGGUUUCAAAGAGGUCCACUGGCACUUGAGUAGCGUUGCGGGCGAGGGUUACGACGUAUUCGACCUCAAUCUGGCAUUUAACAACCUCGAGGAGCUGAACGAAUUAACCUUCCUGAAGUUCUACUCCCUGGAGAUGCUCAACCUUUCGAACAAUCGCCUCCAGAUGAUCAGUAAUCUCACCUUCGGCUCGUUGAUACGUCUGGUCGAGCUGGACCUAUCCUUCAACCUGAUUCACACCUUGGAACGGCAGGCUUUCGAUAGGCUGUACGCUCUCGAGUCACUGAGCUUGCGGGAAAACUGUCUCGUUACACUCGCACCGAACCAAUUCCAUUUCAACGAUCACCUAUCGUCGGUGUUGCUAGAUCACAACCAACUGGCGUUCCUGCCACCGGUUCUGUUCGAUCCUGUAACAAUGGUAGACGAAAUCUACGAAUUCGACCUAUCGAACAACAACUUCCGUCGGAUGCCAUAUGUCGAGAUCAAAGAGAUCGCGUUGCUGAAGAUCGACAACAAUCACAUCGAAACGCUCACCGUGAACAAAACUUUUAAUGUGCGCGCCCUGCAGAUCCAGCACAACAACAUCUACGAUGCGGAUCUGUUCAAAUUCAGCCGAGCCGAGCACAUCGAUCUUUCGCACAACAACCUGGACAACAUCGUCGGCCUGCAUGAGAUGAACCAGCUCGAGUAUCUGGAUCUCUCGUCGAACAACGUGUCCCGGUUCGACUACAACCUAAAGUACUCGAUCCGGAACAUCCCCAGCCUGGUGACGUUGCGGUUGCAGAACUGCAGCCUUAACGAGCACAAUAUCCAAGGCCUGCUGGCGUCAGAGUCGAUCCUUAAUCUCGACCUCUCGCAGAACAACUUCGUUCGGCUGAAUGUAAGUGAGCUGGCGCGAAUGCACACGCUGCAGUACCUGAGCCUUAACUUCAACUAUCUCCGCGAGUUGAUCAACUACGAGCUGCUAGGGCUGGAGUUUCCGUUCCUCGAGCUGGUUUCGCUGUCGUUCAAUCGCUGGAACUGCACGUACUACGAUCAACUGAACGCGUUCCUGAACCGCACACACAUCCGCUCUACGAGCGAUCCGCGCGACUGCUACAUCAACGGUACGCACGUGACCGAUUCCUACAUUACGGACGCGUUCGAGCCGCAGUACACGAUGAACCACGUCAAACGGGAUAUGACCGUGCUGCGCAAUCUGGGCCGCAAUACCAUCUACUUCAUGUAUGCGCUUUUCUCCACGAUGCGAGCGCAAGGCAAUGAAACGUACCUGCACCAGAUACGCCAGGAUCGCCAGCUGGACGUGCUGGAACGGGACGUCGAUCGGUUGCUCGGUAUGCUCGCCUUCCUGGUGGCCAUCUUUGCGUGUGUCCUGUUCGCGGCCGUCGCGUACGGUGGGUUCCUGCUCGUCCGUCGAUGGCAACACAGUCGCGCCGUCAAGGUGGUGACGUAUAACAAGCGAGCGAACGAGUUCAGCAAUGGUGUCACCGUCAACGACGUUAUACGCGAUAAUUCAGUGGCUUAGGUUAGCCUUGAGCAUUACCUAAGUGGAGGAGCCUAAACGUAGGGAUUAGGCGUUCUUUUAACCAAAUACAACCUCCCUUACGAUUGGCUUGUGAUCGCUCGUCAGGACACCACGCCCGAGCAAUGCCAUGCGCUUCUGGAGCAUUGUUCGAUUGCUUAGAAGAUUACUAUUUGUGCUAGAGGCUGCGCUUCGAAUUUGCUAGAUUUAAGCAAUGUUUCAAAAACCACAAUGGCGCUGCGAGAUUUCCAGUCGGAUCUCGCCAAAUGAACGUCAAUUUGAAGCGCGUGAGAAAGUAUUAGACCGGCCACAUCAAGCCGAACGUAUCUAGUUACCAGACAAUCAAAGAAAAACACGUUUUAUUCUGCUUGAAAUUGUAUCGAUAUUCUAAUAAAUGUAA